CAAGCAAAAGCACAGUCUAGUAGAUCCGCUUCUUCGUCUUCUUUCACACAACAGCAUGACCACAGCAUGCGAGCAAGCAGAACGGCUGCUAGUACUGCAGCAAACGGUGACCUAGAACUAGAUCUGAACCAAAUCCUCAGCGACGAACCUGAACCGCUAGAACGAGAGGUUUCCAUAGAAAUGGAUGAUGGUUCAGUCAGCUUGCGUAGCACAGCUUUUGACGCUGUAAUCGAUGCUGAAGGUAAUUUGACGAAUGUACGACCGCGGUUAGCGGGCCUUGGUUCUAGUAUCUCGUUGGAUUCUAUAAUUGACGAGGACUCUACGACUAUAGGUGGUGCAACAAGAUCAUCUGCCUUCCUAGAAAACCGUCGUGUUAAGGAGCACAGGCAAGAAGUUCAGCUGCAAGAACAACUGCAGCAAGAAGCUGCUGCGCAGCAAGCCGUAGCGAAACCAGGUGGAGCAACUAGUACUACAACUCCGACUGUUAUUAAGGCUUGACUUAUGAUGUCCAUAGUUUUACUAGUCAGACAAGCCUCAAAGAGUUGUAUCGACUCAUAUCAUAGUUACAUCUACCGCAACGAAUUUUGUUGAUGAAAAUAAUUCCAUCGCAUUCGUAGUUAGUCCUCACUGUGGAAUCUGAAUCUGUCAGAUUCAGCUUCACAGAUUCAUCUUCACCUCGUCUAAGAAAUCCAAAGGUUCCUCCUCUGCCAAAGUAGCUACUCCUGCUGCUACUACUUCCGCACCUGCUCCUGCUUCUAAGACUGGCCCAGCUCGUCCCAACCCUAAGCAGGGCGGCAAAUGGGUGAAAAGCUGGAAGUGCAUGGAUCCAGCGAUUCCUGGCAUUCUGGGCAAAGCCUCCGCACAAGAACUUCAGGAGCAGUGGAUUAACGGUGGCAAGCCUUUCCUGCGUCUCUUAAGGCUUCAUCUUCCUAGAAGGUCCAUCUUCAUCAGACAAGUCAUCCUAGGUAGGAGAGACGUUUUCAUCAAGGGGAAAACGGAUCCAGGAUGCUCCUCAGGAUGGAUAAUGGCGACCUCUAAGUCUCGAUGGUAGCGAAGAAGUCCUCACCAAGCGAAUGAACUUCAAGAGUCUGACCUACACGGUGCCAAUCCUAGCACAGAUUGGGUGCGUUUUUGGGUGGUCGCUGGUGUCGUUCCUGAUUUUUGGAUUCAGGUACAAAUUCCACGGUUCCUGCAGAGCUUUGUGCUUCUGUCCAGGAAGGAAGAGGGAGUCGAGAUAAGUACUACCACGAGAACAAGCAAUAAAAAAACUACAUACACUAACAGAGAUACAUAGAAGUCACAGAGAAUGACAUUAAUAAAAAGUUCAUGGAACAAAGAUAUUCCGACUCAGUGCAAGUCGUGUUGUUGUGGUGGACUGAUCCACAUAUGCAAUUUCACGAGUAGUUCGUCUAACAGAAACCAGUAAUCAAAGCUGUUUCUAUUUCAACAAUUUAAUAUCGUUAUCGAGUAAAACACUUCAUCUUUUCAUCAACAUUAUCGAGUAAAGCAAUAAAAGCAUCCAUUCCACCUCCUUCCUAAGAAGCUUGACCAAGUAUGACGUUUUUCUCUAUCCAUUUCCACGUUUUACUUCUUUUCCACUAAUAGAGCGCAAGAAAAAUGAAUCUUUUAAUACCACGCCGAUAACAUUACAACUAGAGUGAACGUGACUCCUCGCGAGAAAGCGCGUCAACGUUACAACUCCAAUUUCGUUUAACCAGUGAAGAUGGGCUCACACACGACAACGCUGCAUGCUUGACUAAGGAUAAAACUUUUGUCUUUUUGAUGUUCCGAGAACUUGAGCUUGAUAUUGAAAGAUGGACUGCCAACGCCAAGGAUAUGGAAGCUAAGGACGCUCUAAGAGGGCACUGCAAUUUAAAUGCACCUGAUUCGUGCGUGGCCGUUCUUUGCAUUAAAGACCCGAUGUGAGCAAGAACAAUAAUUAGUAGAUGAUUGUAGUUCUUUGAUAAUUUACAACGGUGAUUGAACAAAGAUUUGUAAUGAAUGUUGACUUCGUGAAAUGACUCUUUUCGCUGUGGUGAAUGGGAAAAACUGC